UAUUAACGAAAUAAACUGAUCAAAGAGCUUAGAACAAUGCAGUGUUUGAGCAGAAAGGGCUGUGAAAGCAGCUAUUGUGUGACUUGGAAACAACAGGAGGAGGAGCCUGUGUAAUCUGAAGAUGAAGGUCAGCUCCCAGUCAGACCUGUUCGGCUUGGUCCUCAGUAGAGACUUUAAACCUUCAGCUGAGUCAAUGAAGGGGAAACCAGCUUGUUCUGCCUGAUUCUUUUGGUUUGGUUGACAAAGGAUGUUUUUUUUUCUUUAAGUACAAUAGAUACAGUUUUCCUCCUUAAUUGGACUGUUCUCUGUACCUGAAGGAGAAACGGGAUACUCUGGAAAGCAAAUAGAGUUUGGGGUAAUUAGGAGUCAGAACCACUGACAGACGUUGACCUGCCAGAGGUCCUGGUCUGUUUCCCCUGCUGUGGAGUGGAGCUGGGGGAAUGCCAGGACAUUCCGAAAGUCUCUUUCUGUACAGCCGGCCCACUUCUCUCUUUUUUAGUAGUUUCCUUUAAAAAAAAGAGGAGUAGAAGGAAGCACCAUUGCUUCCUGACUCAUUUUGUCCUUUUAGUUCCUCCUUAAGAAACGAAGGACUGGAUCUUUGUAGCGCUGCCUCAUUGUAGAUUAUAUAUGUUGUUUUUUGUGAAGCACCUUUGAUCUGUUUUAAAAAUGGACUGUCUGAAAAAGCAGGAGGAGGCAGAGCACAACAGAGAAAUGCAUCCCAUGUGGCAGGGACCCCUCGUGGUACCAGGAGGCGAUCAUCAGUCUCCCAUCGAUAUUGCAGUGAGAAAAACGGUCUUUGAUUCGGAGCUGAAACCUCUGGUGACGAGCUACGACCCAGAGACCUGCCAGCAAAUCUGGAAUAAUGGUUAUUCCUUUCUGGUCGAAUAUGACGACACCACAAACAAGAACACACUGAAGGGGGGUCCCUUACGGGACGAGUUUAGGCUGUGUCAGUUCCAUUUCCACUGGGGUGAGACCAACGACUGGGGCUCAGAGCACACUGUGGACCGAAGGCUGUUUCCUGCAGAGCUCCACUUGGUCCACUGGAACUCUGACAGGUACUCUCUGUUCGAGGAGGCGGUGAUGGAGAAAAACGGACUCGCCGUCAUAGGAAUUUUUCUGAAGGUGGGAAAAAGACACGAGGGGCUGCAGAAGCUGGUCGACGCUCUUCCAAGUAUCAGACACAAGGACAGCGUUGUAGAGUUCAGGCGGUUCGAUCCAGGUUGUCUGCUGCCAUCCAACAUCGAUGACUACUGGACAUACCACGGCUCUCUGACCACCCCUCCUCUGACUGAAUCUGUCACCUGGAUCGUCAUGAAGCAGCACAUAGAAGUCAGCCAUGACCAGCUGGCGGUCUUCAGGAGCCUCCUGUUCACCUCAGCUGAGGAGGACGUUCAGAAGAGCAUGGUGAAUAACUUCCGGGUGCAGCAGCCUCUGCAGGGUCGCACCGUCCGCUCCUCCUUCACUCCGUUCCUGCAGGAGGCGCCAUAAGCUAGAGACGACAAGCAGAGCCUCCGAAGCUGCUGGACUGAUUAACAACAUGCUGGUGCUUAACAGAGACUAAGGAAACUUUUAAUGUUCAGCUGCCUCUGAGCGCUUCAUGCUGUUUUUAUUCAAGUACAAUCAUCAUAUGUUUUAUUUUGAUAAUGAACAGUUUUACACAUGAUGAAAAAAAACCUUUUUAGAGAUUUAUCUUUGCUCAGUUUUUGGUUUGACCGCUUCAGAGCAGUUAUCAAUAAGGGAAUAAGGGUCACCAAAGGGGGUUUUAUUCACUAAAAAUAUUUUAUGAAUUUUAUUACCUUAAGUUUUAUUUAAUAUACACUUUCUUGGGUUUGUUUCAGCCUCUACUUGGAGUCAAAUUGAGCUGCAGCUGGUCUGAGCUGCUGUCUGUUUACAGUGAAAUGCCCUGGAGAUUUUUACAAAUAACUUUUACAGAAAUGUGCAUAAUUAUCAAAACAAUUGUUUUACUGGAUGUUUUCUUCAUCUGUUACAAAGAGAUUAUACUGAAUACGUAUGAAAUUAAUUUUCAACAAGCUUUUUUAUUUUUUUUAACCUUAGCCUUUGUUACUAAGACGCACAAACAUGUAAAGUUACAGCAGCAUAAGCACAUAAUAGGAAAACACUGAGGAGGAGAUGUACGGGGGAACAGGGUAUGCAAUGCUACACGACUUACAGACUGACAGUGAUGCUUUGCCUUGAACAGAAGAAAAGGAGUGAUGAUGCCUUCUUCUACCUUCAUCUACCUUUAGUUCAUCUACCAUUAGAAUAGGUAGAUGAACUCCACAGGGGCCACAGCAGGUUGUGUUUGGUUGUUUUUUAAUCUAUUUACGCAUUAAGCUAACAGAGUGAAGGGACCCUGGGCUGCUUUUAUACUGAAAUAUCGCACCAGCGUCUUCUCAUUUAACUUACUUUUUUUUUUUGCCUUAUUCAUCGUCACUCUGUUACUAUUACUUUUAAAAUGCUGAUCUUCAGUUGUUUUGUCUAAGUGGCCUUUUCUGUCUCACUUGCAGAGAGUGGUUUACUUCUUUCAUAGUUGCAUCUCUAAGACAUUUUAGGUGCAUCACUACCUGAUUGGUGUUGUUUGCCUUUCUGAUUGUGAUAUAACUGAAUGUGAGCAUCCUCUGCAGCCCACUGGGAUGUUUGAGCAGCUGUACAUUGUUUUUAUUGUAAUUGUGAGCAGUGCAUAUUUUGGCUGUUUAUUUGUCCAAUGCUCAGCCUACAUUCCUGCCCCCUGGUGUCCCGCUGGGCUCCUCCCCUCGUCCCAGCAUGCCUUGCUCCACCUGCAUGGUUUCUUUUAGAUUCCCAUCCGGCCGUGGAGCCGGGAUAAAUGCUGUUCCUCUGAAAAAGAGAGGAAAACAACCUGUUAAAUGUCCCUGAUGUACCUUUUGAUUUUAUAGAAACUAACAGUAAUGUCCAAUGUUAAACAAUAAAGUAAUAUAUCAAGA